UACGUUGCUCAUUUCAGAUUCCAACGGCUGCCAGGUGGCAAGAGAUAGCAAAUGAUUUUCGCGACAAGUGGAAUUUCCCUCUUUGUGUUGGAGCGGUGGACGGGAAACAUGUCCAAAUCCAAAUGCCACCUCACACCGGGAGCCUUUACUACAACUACAAGGGGACCUACUCCAUUGUCCUGAUGGCAGUGGUCGACAGCAACUUAAAGUUUGUUGCCAUUGAUGUGGGUGCAUAUGGAAGGCAGAGCGAUGGGGGAACGUUCAGCAACUCUCGGUUUGGCCAAGCUUUGGAGAAUGGCCUGCUGUGUCUCCCGCCGCCGCAGCGGUUGCCCAACGACACCACCAUUGCUCCACAUGUCUUUGUGGGUGAUGAAGCUUUCCAGCUUCGUUCCGAUUUUCUACGGCCCUACCCGGGAAAUCGACUUGAAGAUGACAAGAGAAUAUUCAAUUAUCGCCUGAGCCGCGCAAGGUGAUUUGGAUGGCAUGGAAUUUCUAUUACAUUAAAUAACU